AGGGAAGGAAGCAUGCGCACACAUGAAUAGGGGUUAUUGCUCAAUCUGCAUUCACGCCCUGGUGGAAACGGACUUUCAGUUUCAGUAGCUCUGGAUGGUAGGAGAGAAGCACCAUGGCUGACAACAUCCUCAAGGCAAAGAGGAAGCAGUUCAUCCGUUCAGUGGGUGCAGAGACAAUAAAUGGCUUGCUGGAUGAACUUUUGGAGAAGAAAGUGCUGAACCAGGGAGAGAUGGAGAGAAUAAAAGCUGUAAAUGCGACUGUUAUGGACAAGGCACGGGACCUGUGUGAUUCUGUCACUAAAAAGGGGCCUCUGGCAUGCCAAAUCUUUAUCACUUACAUUUGUAAUGAAGACGUCUACCUGGCAGAAGUUCUGGAGCUUGAAUUGGGUUCACCAGCUGAAAAUUCCAUCAGGACAGAUAAUUUCCAGGGAGGACUUCCUUCUUCCUCAGAAACAAACCAAGAACAGAACAAAGAAGGCAGCACACUCCCAGGACCAAGUGGGACCCUCAAGUUAUGCUCCUUAGAAAGAGCCCAGAGGAUACGGGAAGAAAACCCUUCAGAGAUUUAUCCAAUAAUGAAUACAUCCACUCGUACACGUCUUGCCCUCAUUAUCUGCAACACAGAGUUUGAAUACCUUCCUAGGAGGGAUGGAGCUGAUGUGGACCUCAGAGAAAUGAGGUUGCUGCUGCAGGAUCUGGGAUAUACUGUGAAAGAGAAAGAAAAUCUCACAGCUCAGGAGAUGACUGAAGUGGUAAAGGAAUUUGCUGACUGCCCAGAGCACAAGACUUCUGACAGUACUUUCCUUGUAUUCAUGUCUCAUGGUAUCCAAGAAGGAAUAUGUGGGAAGACAUACUCUGAUAAAGUACCAGAUGUUUUAAAAGUUGACACUAUCUUUCGAAUGAUGAAUACUUUGAAGUGUCCAAGCUUGAAAGACAAGCCCAAAGUUAUCAUCAUUCAGGCCUGCCGUGGGGAGAACCGAGGAGUGGUGCUGGUAAAAGAUUCAGUAGAAGACACUGGAAAGAAAUUCCUAGUGGAUGCGGACUUGGAAGAUGAUGGAAUUAAGAAAGCCCAUAUAGAGAAGGAUUUUAUUGCUUUCUGCUCUUCAACACCAGAUAAUGUCUCCUGGAGGCAUCCUAUCAAAGGCUCUCUUUUCAUUGUGGAACUCAUCAAACACAUUAAAGAAUAUGCCUGGUCUUGUGACCUGGAGGACAUUUUCAGAAAGGUUCGAUUUUCAUUUGAACAACCACAACAUAGUUUACAGAUGCCCACCACUGAAAGGGUGACUUUGACAAAACGUUUCUACCUGUUCCCAGGACAUUAAAAUAAGAAGCCAAGAAUUCCAUCAUUCUGUACCUGUUUUGGGAAUCAUGUCAAUUAAAAGCAACAUUUCUCUAAAUGAUGCAAUAAAUCUCAAACAAAACUGAAA